GAUGAGGUGUGGUACACAGCAGCUCGCGCUCAUCAUGGUAUUGACGCUCGUGACCGGAGGCGCGCGCGGGGUCCGCGUGGGGAAGGAGGGCGCGCGGGUCGGACCGGAGGGGAGGCGGUACAAAGCCGCCGGGUUCCUGUCCGAUGUGCGCGCGCUGCCGCUGGGCGUCCGCGUGCACUGCACGGAGCACAGCAUGGUGGUGAGAGCGCGCGCUGAUCUCUACGGGACCGGGCGGCUCGUGCACGCGGGAGAGCUGCGGCUCGGACCGGAGACCUCGGCGGGGCACUGCGGGGCGACACGGCGCGUGGGAGGCGAGCACGUGAUCACGGCGGGACUGCACGAGUGCGGAGCACAACUGCGGGUUGAAGGUGACCGUUUGGUUUAUUCUAACACUCUGUUCCACAUUCCAACCCCAAACCCCUUUGGUAUCGUCAGGUCUCCGGGCGUGGCAGUCCCCCUCGAGUGCCACUACAAGAGGACUCACUUCGUCAGUAGUAAUAUCCCGUCGAACCCUGUGAGCCCCGCCCUACCCUCGCCUAUGCCCAUGCCUCAGUCCAAGAACGAUGAUUGGAUGUUUGAGAGAUGGCUGGACAUGACCGAUUCUGAUAAAGCCGUGACCAUGGUGGCGUCUGUGCUCAGCGCUCCUCACAGUGCCUUUAAACUCUUCCUGGACCACUGUGUGGUCACGCUGGGACCCGACACUGCAGUCACGCCCACCUGUGACCUCAUCAAUGACCACAGGUGUUCUGGUGUUUCCAGAGCAGAUGGUCAUGUGCUGACGGUGAAACUCAACUCGGUGCAUCACUUCAGAGACAAUCGACCCCCCGGCAGCGCUAUGUUUCUCAGGUGCUGGAUGAAGACAGCAGAAGCGGUUCAGAAGCAGGAAUCUGUAAAUAAAGGCUGUAGCUACCUGGGCAACAGCUGGUGCAGUGUUGAUGGGAAGCACAAGGCGUGUGAGUGCUGUGACCGGGAGCAAGAUGUUCUGAUCCAGCGAUGGAUGACUACAUGAGGCUCGUGAGCAUUACAUUAUCAGACUCUUGGCCCCAUCGUCCUGCUGAACUGAGCUCUGUACUGCACACCAAUAAACCCUCAUUCAAACAAAUCAGUCAAAUUUAUUACACGCACACA